AUGAUUCUUCCACUUUUUGGUUUCUGCACUGUUACAUUUUUAUUAUUGCUUUCGCUAUUAUGUGAUCGCGCAAAACGGCGAGGUUUACCAAGAUGUCGGCGAGCACUGCUGGUUAUCGCUCAUCCUGACGAUGAAACAAUGUUUUUUACUCCAACUCUUCAUGGCUUGCGACUUUCUGGAUCAAAUAUUUAUUUACUUUGCAUUUCUACGGGUAAUUCUAGUGGUCUGGGUGUAAUACGUAAGUACGAGUUGGCUAGUGCUUUCACUGUUCAUGGAUUAUCACUCGAUAAUCUAACCGUUCUGGAUUAUGAUAAUUUCCAAGAUGGAUUUAUCCAGUGGUCCAAGGAACAGUUGGCUAAGGUAAUCUUGAGGCAUAUUCAAAUGCUAGAUGUCGAUCUGGUAAUUACCUUUGAUGAAGAUGGUGUUAGUGCUCAUCCGAAUCAUAUUGGAUGCUUUCGCGCAUUGCAGUAUCUUUACACAAAUGGUUUGAUUCCGGCGGGAGUGCAAAUUUUUGUCUUGGAAAGUGUAUCAGUUUGGAGGAAGUAUAUGAUACUUUUGGAUGCUUUGAUCAGUUCCUUCCAUUCAACAUUUCUCUAUAUUUCUUCACCACUGUUAUACAUCACGGCUUGGCGCGCUAUGUGGGCACAUCGUUCUCAGCUGGUAUGGUUUCGAUAUUUGUAUAUGCUGUUUAGUCGUUACAUUCUCAUUAAUACAUUAAAAAGGAUACAUGCGCAGCCAAGACAUCCCGUACUUAAGAAGAAAUUGCGUCUACAUUGUUAA